AUGACGCCGUCGCCAAAAAAGAAACGCCAGGAUACUGAGUCUGAAUCAGAAGAACUGUUGUGCAAUUUCUGUCAGAAGUCUUUCCCAUCAAUAUCAGCUCUCAGUGCCCAUCACAUAACGUCUCACCCGGGCACGCGCUUUUCAUGCGUCAUUUGUCGAAUGGAGUUUGAAACAAAGACGGAAUUGUCGGAUCACUUUCAGGAACAGCACACAACUGCACAGGGCCAAAGCAAAUGCCAUCUUUGCCCCUUUAGCCGACGCACAAGCAAUCUCGUUCGUACGCAUGUUGCCACCUGGCAUAGUCAACGCUCAUUUUUCCAGUGUAAUCGGUGUGCGGCCUAUCUUCCAUCUCGCUUCGCCUGCAUAGUUCAUUUCAGGACGGAACAUAAGGAUGUGCGACUGUUUGCCUGUCGCGCAUGCCCCAAAACCUACAAACACGCGAAUAGUCUUCAGAAACAUGUAGACGAAGCACAUAACGGAAUCGUACGCUUGAAGUGCACCAUGUGCUCAUACACCACUUCAACGGCAAUUUCGUAUUCGACGCAUCUCAAGCAGAUCCACGGAGUUAACACCGCCGAUUCAGAAACAAAGCGCUACGGCUGCAAGAUCUGCGGCAAGAACUUCCAUCUGCUGGUCACCCUGCGGCACCAUACUUCCGUUGCGCACGCAGGUGAGUGUGCCUUCUUUCCCUGGGAAAUUGCUGUCUGUAAGAACUUGGAUGACCGCUGGAGUCGCAGUUUUACUGGAGCAGGUGUCAGUCGCUCUAUCUUUCAAUCCCAAGUGGUGGAGACUCGUGAAGUAGUGUGGCGAAAGAUUUCACUAGACGACUGCUCAUAA